AUGCCGUCCACCGCGUGCAGGCUUCUGGCCCUGGUGCCCUUGGCCGCAUCGGUCUCCGCCUCAGCUCUAUACUCAACCUACUCAUUCAACCCUCUCGAGCAUCUCACUGGCAUCGCCCCUUACUUUGAGCCGCAGGACCCUCCCUACAUGGAGCCUUUCCUCGAGAAACUCGGCAACAAGACCAACAUUGACUGGGCCAAGACCCCCGGCCUCAACUUCCUGGCCGACUGGGAGCCACCCGUUUCCGAAGCUGAGACGUCUCUCCUCACCCGCGUCGGCCGCCUCGAAGCCACCCAGCUCGGCGUUGACCUCGACUUCCGCUAUCCGGACCUGAAGAAGCCCAAGCAAGUUUGGACAUCCUCUGCCGAGCGCACCUUCAAGUCUGCGCAGUCACUCGUGCGCGGCCUCGAGGCUGAGGACAAUGACAUUAAGGUCGUCACCGUGUACGAGUCGGAGGAAUCCGGCGCCGACAGCCUGACCCCCUACAAGGCGUGCCCGGCCUACUCGAGCUCUGCAGGUAGCGACCAGUCUGAAGAGUACCAGACCAAGUUUGCCUCGCCGAUUGCCGCCCGCUUCAACGAUCUGGCUUCCGAGUUCAACUUCACCACCAACGACGUGUUUGGCAUGAUGCAGCUCUGCGGCUACGAGACCGUCAUCCGCGGCCGCUCGCCCUUCUGCGACCUCGACCUGUUCACCCCGGACGACUGGCUGGGCUGGGAGUACUCCGAGGAUGUGCGUUACCACUACAACGUCGGCUACGGCCUGCCGGUCGCAGGCUACGUCGGCAUGCCGUGGGUCAAUGCCACUGCUUCCUUGCUCCUGAACUCGUCCUCCGAGGAGGAUCUGUACGUGAGCUUCACGCACCGCGAGCUCCCGCCCAUGGUCGUCGUCGCGCUGGGGCUCUUCAACAACUCGGCCUUCGCGGCGGGCAGCGGAAACAUCAACGACACCAUGCCCCUCGACAGGAUCAACUACCGCCGCGCGUGGAAGACGUCGCACGUCCUGCCCUUCCUGAGCAACAUCGCCAUCGAGCGCUUCAACUGCUCCGGCUCCUACGGCUACGACGACGACGAGUACUACCGGAUCUUGGUCAACAGCUCCCCCCAGGACCUGCCGGGCUGUGCGGACGGCCCCGGCACCAUGUGCUCGCGGGAUGCGUUUGGCAAGUAUAUCCAGGACCGGGUGGCCAUGUUUGACGGGUUCUCGGAGCAGUGCGGGGUGGACUAUGGGAACAGCACGGAUGUCUUGUCCAUCUACACGACCGACUCGGCCCAGGAAGAUGAUGGGCAGACCGUGGGAAAGAGAUACGAUGCGCGUCUGUUCUGA